ACCAAAUGUUGAAACGUUGACUUGUCAAACGUUCAAUAUUGGUUGGUUCAACUUAGUAUGCCAAGAAGUCUUCCCACGACUCGCCACGGACAGACCUAUUAGGUCUUCUAGCUCGACUUUAGCAUCAGGUGGCAGCUUGAAACGGCUCGGCGUUUCUGCUUGCUAUGGACAACCCUUGGGCCACAAAUUGGGAGCAGUCAAGCGAUCAACAAAAGAAACCCAUUCCAACACUGUCAUGGUCAUCUACUGUUGACGAUGAAACCCACGAUCAAGAGGAAGAUAUAGGACUUCCAUCAUGGUCCGCAAGUAAUAAUGCACAGUGGCCAGAGCCAUCUCAAACCAGCAACGCCCUCUGGACUUCUUCCAUCGAUGGCAGUGGCGCAUGGGGCUCUUCGACGUACGCAAAGAUAAACCUUUCUCGUCAGGGAAAAAUAGACGCUGUAGUCGAGUCAGAAACCGAAGAGGAAGACAUAUGUCCCGUACCCGCUGCUGCCACAGCCAGCGAAGAGGACAGCGUUGCCGCACUUGUUCUCCCGGAUGCUGCGGAGCCUCAGCUAGCGUCACCAGCAGUCGAAGUUAUUCCCCCAGUUCCUAGCGGUUUUGAAGUCGGCGCAUCCGCUAAGGAGGAAGAUGAGGAGACUGAGGACGAUGGUGAAGCAUGGGCAGAUCCAGUAACUGUCUCAACGGAUGAUGCCGAUGAGUGGGGUGCAGCUUGGGCAGAAACAUCUGUACCGGAGGUGUCUGUCAAUGUUGAGGAGCCACCAGACGAGUGGGAAGCGGCGAGACAAGAGAAAGAGAAGUUGAACCGUGCAGUGCCUCCCGAAAUUCUGGCAGCUCUCAUUCAGAAGUGCCAAGAAGUCUCUGGUGAGCUCUGGCCAGAAAUAGAGUCGGACUCAGAUGCUGUUCAGAGCAACUGGAGGUCUGGUUUUGAUGGCCUUGAGAACAUUACGGUUUUAUUAAAUGACCUAGUCCCUGAGGACAUAGUUCUGCCCCCUCCAAUACAGUUCUCACAGACAGCCACUGCGAAAGCGGUGAAUAACGCUCUCAAGCUCACGAGGCACAUGUCUUUGACACGUAAGAGCCCGAUGGCCCUCCUCCUUAGUUCCAAAGGGUCAGCAGACUGGGAGAAAUCAGUCAAAGCUAGGAAAGAUGCUACUGUGGACGAUACUCCAGUGGGGUGGCGAAUCCUAGAAAAAGACGAACGCGCUGCCAUCUCUGACGCAAAUCAAUCAAAGAAACCUGGUGGAGGGUUGCUCUCGUUCUGGAACCGCAAGGCAUCAUCGUCAAUACUUUCCACAGACGCAAGGGUAGAGAAUCCACGAUCACCGCCUAUAUCCGCGCGUUCUAGCGUCGAAAGUACGAAGCCCCCGGUGCCAGAGAGACGCGAUGUUUCUCCUGCUCGCACGCCAACUGUCUUCAUACCUUCGUCCCCAGUAGCCAGCUCAUCCACAGCUCCUGAAAUCGUGAUACCAGCGGCCACACCUGCGCCAUCAGCCGUUUCGCGCUUCCUGAACCGUUUCUCACGCGUCAAGAGUACUGGAUCUGAGCGCAAAUCUCUUGCUCUGUCCACAGACGAUCUCGACUUCCUUUCCGAUAUCGUGCCUAGUGCACAUGACCCCGACGACGACACGGACGAUGCCCAGCUGAAAGCGCUUUCGAGUCUCAUCAAUUCAAAUCCAAGACCAUUGCCUACAAAGCUUCCACCCCCACUCGCACCACCACCAAAACCUCCAUCUGUGAACACCAGCCGACCUCAUUCCGUCGCUGGUUUAAGUGGCUUGGGCAUCACUCUGGAGCCCGCGCGUGGUUCUCCACAGCCUUCUUCGGCUCGUGCUCUAUUCCUGCCGCCACCGUUGUCCCCAGUGACUGGGACAUCGUUCUCGCGUCCGCACAGCCCAGCAGUACCUCUGAAACAAUCUUCUCCACCGAUCAAUGCAUCUUUCUUUGCUUACGCAACCCUCUAACAUGCCAGCCUACGAUACCCUCGCCACCUCCACCAUCCUCGAGAACAGCACUCCCCCUUUCAGCUCCUGCCGCCGCCGAAGGCGCCUUCUACUCUCUCGAUACCACCACUCCUGCCACCACCCCCUUGUCUCACCACCGCAAACCCCACGGCCCACCGUGCAUCCCACGUCGGUAGCUACUUCUACAUCAUCCCCAAACACCGGCUGGUCAGCGACCACAUAUGACGAUGACGACGAUGACGACUCAUUCUCCGCUUUCUCCGCU